GUCUUUUCUGCAACCGUUUGUGUUUGUUCGAUUUUACUUCACCCGGUAUCAAUAUCCUGUAUCGAACGGUCAAUGAGAUGAUGGGAUGCAGAAGUGUGUCUUGAAUCGCCGGAAACGGGAACAGUGUUACAUCACGCGUUGCGGCCACACGUAUUACGAUUGCGCACGCGGCUGAUCGUUGUCAGGAAGCAAACACGCCGAUCUACGCGAAAAGGAUAAAGUAUGAUCAGAGGCAUCCGGUCGCGAGAGACGCUACUGGUCGUCUCCUUCGACAUGUGUAAAUACAAUACGUGGACUCUUCGAAUCGCGACACGCGGUCGUAUCAACCUUAUCAACUGUUUUAACAUAUAAGAUUUUUCCAAAAAAAUAAAAAAUAAAAUGAGCGACAGCGACGUUGUCGAGAAGAGUGACGGAGAAGAGAAAACGGAUCCGGGCGCUAUCAGGCACGGGAACUUCAUGAAUUAUUACCAAUUCCAUCCUGCGGAAGGGCGCGUGCGGCAACUUCCGCGUGGCGUGUGGCAGCGGCAACGGGUCGCUCAUCCGGCCCGGAAAUACGCGGGUCUAGACGUCGGCUGUAACGCCGGGGAUCUCACAUACAUUCUACGAGACUUCCUCGAGGAGACUAUGUCGCGAGAUCAGCCUGAGAUUUCCUUAAUCGGCGUGGAUCUCGACCCGAUCCUGAUCGAGAAAGCGCGCGAGCGUAAUUCGCGCCCGGAUCGCGUGACCUUCGAGUGUCUGGACUUUUUGUCUGAGGAUUGCGGCGAGAUGCUGAGGCGGUAUCUGAUGCAGCUUAAUAAAACGCGAUUCGACGUGGUGUUCUGCUUCUCGAUCACUAUGUGGAUUCACCUGAAUCACGGCGACGACGGCCUGGAGGAGUUUCUGCGAAAGGUCUGCGAGCUGGCGGAAAUGAUCAUUGUUGAGCCGCAGCCUUGGAGAUGUUACAAAAACGCUUCGAGACGACUGCGAAGAGCGAAAUUGGAAGACUUUCCGCUGCUGAAGGAACUGAAAUACACCAGGAAUCCGGUGAAGCACAUAGAAGAUAUUUUGAGGAGACUGUGCGACUUUCAAAGAGUCACUGUUACUGCGGGCAACGAAUGGGGACGCAUGCUUUUAAUUUAUGAAAGGAAACAAGAAUCGUAAAAGAUCAGCAAAUGCUACGUUACAUACAUUAUACAUUCAGGAUCAUAAAUUAGUAUAUAAAAUACAUUCAACGUUGUAUAUCAA